AUGGCCGAUCUAAUCGCCUUUCAAACAUACCAUCAUAGUAAUCUUCUCCCACCAUCGACUAUGAUCCCGCGCCACGCCCAUAAGCGGUCGUUGUCCUCCGAGCAUCGAGCGUUGUCCCCCGACAGAACAGUCAUCAAGGCCAAAUCUACCACCAACUUGACCGAAGCCGCUUCCCAGGCAAAUGACCGCCAACAGUAUUCGAAAUUUGAAGAGAGCAGUUUCAACACCUUGCAGGAUCCCCGAUUGGCCGUGAGCCGGGAGGUCUCACCAUCGACGUCAUCGUCCCAUCACCCCGACCUGAGCAAUGAAGUCGCAGCCUUGAGUGUGAAACUGAUCCAGGCGAUCAACAACCAGACUACUCUGGAUGACAACCUGGUAGCUACGCGCCAGGAGCUGGAGGUCGCACAAGGCAAAAUACAGGCCCUGGAAUUUCAAAAUGAGAAAUACCGACGGGACUUCGACGAGAAGGUCUAUAUUAAGAAGUCGGAUGCCGAUAAUGAGAUUAUGCAAUUGAAGGCUGCGCUCGCAGAGGAGAGAGCUCAGCGGGCGGUGGCGGAGAAAGCGAAGAAGACCAUUGAAACGGAGCUGGAAACUUUAACUGCCGAUCUUUUUGAAGAAGCGAACAAAAUGGUCGCGGCUGCCAAAAUUGAAAGGGAGGCGGUCGAGAAAAAGAACGAGCAACUACGUUCUCAGAUUAAAGACACCGAGUCGCUCCUUGCAUCACAUCAGGAUCAACUGACGGAACUCAAGUCGGUUCUGCAAGGGAUGUACGUCUCCAAAGAUGAUUUAGACACCCGCACCAAUGCCUCUACUACGGCUCCGCCUUCUCCGGCCACGCCCCUCCAGAUGCAGACAUCCGCCAAGCAAGAACCCGAGCCUACGAAUGUUGUUGCAACACCAUGUUACCCCGGGGAGUUUAUGCCCGGUCCUUCUUGCGACCUACCUCAAAUGCUUCGCAUAGUGUGCCGCACCGACUUACAAGCUUAUGAGGACUUCCGGGAAUUACUGGAACUUCCCCGGAGUUCCAAACCACCUAGUCGUGCCGGAAGUGGAUCCUACGCUGGCCUGAAUGUCAUGAGCCUGGCUGGGUUUACCACUGGUGGGUCGACGUCGGCUAACUCAUCACCUAGCAAGGGAUUUGCACACUCUCCGAACGGUAGCCUCUCCUCCCAAACUGGUUCGCAUAUACCUUUGAAAGAGACAAAGUUCUACAAGCGAGUGCUUAUGGAGGAUAUUGAGCCCACAUUAAGACUCGACCUCUCGCCGGGGAUCUCAUGGCUUACUCGUCGAACUGUCUUGAGUGGUAUUUGUGAAGGCACUCUGGUUGUUGAACCAAUUCCCGCCACAACAAAGAAAUACGAGUUUCCCUGUUCCGUCUGUGGCGAGCGGAGACCGGGCACCCAAAAUGAGCGGACUCAUCGUUUCCGCACAUCGGAUAGUGAAACAGCUCAGAGAUACUCCUUGUGUCUGCAGUGCUUGGAAAGAGUUCGUUCGUGCUGCGAGUUCACCGGGUAUCUGCGCCUGAUCCUGGAUGGACAUCUCCGCGCGGGUGAUCCUGAUGAAGAGAAAGAUAUCUGGGAAGAGACCGUUCGCUUGCGAGAGCGAAUGUUCUGGUCACGGAUUGCCGGUGGUAUCGUUCCACUGAUCGGUCCGCCGCUCGAGUCCGAACACGAGCCUGCAAACAAAGAUGCCAGUAUUAUUAUCUCGCAGGAGAAUCACAAAGUCAACCAACUGGACCCUAUGGAUAAUACUGCAAUGACCCCCAAAUAUUCACAAACUGAGGAGCCCACGCUAGAUGAAGACCGCAGAGCAUCAUCCAUUUUGGAUAUGAGCGUGGCCAAGCCCAUGACUCCUGACCUUCCACAUCUCGAUAGAGAGGAUAUCGAAGAUUCAGCAGACGAAGCGCUCCAGCGGCGCGGCUCGGUGGAUUCUGACAUUAGUGUAUAUGAAGAAGCCAAUGCCGACGUGACCCUGGACACGAUGGAGCCUAUCAAGCAUCUACAUACUUCUGCAAACGAAGAAGAACGCACCGAAAUCACCAUUGAUGCGCCUGAGUCGGCCAAGGCGGCUUCCCCUACUCAUGAAGACGCUAUUUCCAAUGGCCAAUGCAACGCAUGA